AUGUCCAGGCCUGGACCCAUCUCCACAUGUUUAGACUCGUGGUCAGCACAGAGAGGCUCCAGCACACAGAGGCUCCAGCACAGAGAGGCUCCAACACAGAGAGGCUCCAGCACACAGAGGCUCCAGCACAGAGAGGCUCCAACACAGAGAGGCUCCAACACAGAGAGGCUCCAGCACACAGAGGCUCCAGCACAGAGAGGCUCCAACACAGAGAGGCUCCAGCAUAGAGAGGCUCCAGCACACAGAGGCUCCAGCACAGAGAGGCUCCAGCACAGAGAGGCUCCAGCACAGAGAGGCUCCAGCACACAGAGGCUCCAGCACACAGAGGCUCCAGCACAGAGAGGCUCCAGCACACAGAGGCUCCAGCACACAGAGGCUCCAGCACAGAGAGGCUCCAGCACAGAGAGGCUCCAGCACAGAGAGGCUCCAGCACAGAGAGGCUCCAGCACACAGAGGCUCCAGCACAGAGAGGCUCCAGCACAGAGAGGCUCCAGCACAGAGAGGCUCCAGCACAGAGAGGCUCCAGCACACAGAGGCUCCAGCACAGAGAGGCUCCAGCACAGAGAGGCUCCAGCACAGAGAGGCUCCAGCACAGAGAGGCUCCAGCACACAGAGGCUCCAGCACAGAGAGGCUCCAGCACAGAGAGGCUCCAGCACAGAGAGGCUCCAGCACAGAGAAAGAACCUACACCUUCUUGCUAGCAUGUGA